AUGGGACGGAAGAAGCUCUCAAUGAGGCUGAUCGAGAACCCCACCUCCCGUCAACUCACUUAUACGAAGCGCAAGGAGGGCAUCAUCAAGAAGGCCGGCGAGCUUGCAGUGUUGUGUGACACCGACGUCGCCCUCAUCAUGUUUGCACCCUCCGGCCGCCUUGCUAGCUUCGCUAGCAACCGAAGAAUUGAGGAUAUACUACUUCGAUUUGUUGACAGGCCAGAUGAGCUUAGAGGAGGGCCUAUCAAUCACGAAGAGUUUUUGUCUCAAAAAUUGAAACAAUUGAAGUAUGAAGGUGAAAUGCUGGAGAAGAUAGCAGUUAUUGAGGAACUUGAAGGGAAACUGGACAAACUCACUAGGAAACAACGUGAGUCUAAGGAAAAAAUGAGAUAUUACGAACCUAAUGUUAAAAAAAUCAAUUCAGCUCUUGAAGCAGGAGUUUACCAGCAGUUUCUUACAACUGCUAUUCAACGUAUCCAGACAUCAAAGGCCAAGCUGCUAGGCAAUCAACUUGGUCACGAAAGGACCGAGAAUGUUGAGGUGCAGGCUGCAACGAUGCGAAUGGAUGAUGCAGUUUCAUUGACUGGUCACUCUGCUGAGGGAAACCAUGCCUGGAUGAGGUUAAAUAUGGAUGAAAAUCAAAGUGGAUCAAGCUCAGCUGCAGGAUGUGGAAUAAGUCAUGGAAUAUAUGAAGCAUUGAGUUUUAUACCACACUUGCCUACUACAGAUGGUGGUAAUGCAGUUGAAGCUGAGAUGCAGCUUAAUGAUUUUGCUGAUGCCCAGCAAGAUGAAAAUUUGGAAAAUCCUCCAAAUAUUGAUAAUAAUGAUCCACAAGAUGUUGAACCCAGAAGGUCUACCAAAGAUAGACAACAGUCUACUAGAUAUUCUUCAAAUGAGUAUCUCCUCUUGACUGAUGGGGGAGAGCCCGAGUACUUUAAAGAAGCUAUGGAAGGUGUAGUCAAGCAAAACUGGUUUCUUGCAAUGGAAUAUGAGAUGAAGGCUUUUCGUGAUAAUGAUACUUUUGAUUUGAUGUCGUUACCGAAGGGUAAGAGAGCUUUGAAGAAUAGGUGGAUCUACAGACUGAAACAAGAAGAGAACUCUUCCAAACCAAGAUAUAAGGCAAGAUUGGUUGUUAAUGGUUUCAGUUAG